AUGUCCCCCGAGUGUGCGCAGACGCUGGGCACCGGCGCGCCGCGCAGCCUGAACUCAGCCAACCGCACCCGCUUCUCUUUCUUCUCUGAUGUCAAGGGCGACCACUGGCUGGUGCUGAGCGCCCUAGAGACCACUGUGCUAGCGCUUAUUUUUGCGGUGUCGCUGCUGGGCAACGUGUGCUCCCUGGUGCUGGUGGCGCGCCGACGGCGCCGCGGCACGACAGCCAACCUGGUUCUCAAUCUCUUCUGCGCCGACCUGCUCUUCAUCAGCGCCAUCCCGCUAGUGCUAGUCGUGCGCUGGACCGAAGCCUGGGUGCUCGGCCCUGUCGUCUGCCACCUGCUCUUCUACGUGAUGACCCUGAGCGGCAGCGUCACCAUCCUCACACUGGCCGCGGUCAGCCUGGAGCGCAUGGUGUGCAUCGUGCGCCUGCAGCGCGGGGUGCGCGGCCCCGGGCGGCGUGUGCAGGCGGCGCUGCUCGCGUUCAUCUGGGGUUACUCCGGAGUCGCCGCGCUGCCACUAUGCAUCUUCUUCCGCGUGGUCCCGCAGCUGCUCCCCGGCGCAGACCAGGAAAUUCCGAUUUGCACACUGUUUUGGCCCAGCAUCGCUGGAGAAAUCUCGUGGGAUGUGUCUUUUGUUACUUUGAACUUCCUGGUGCCAGGACUGGUCAUUGUGAUCAGUUACUCGAAAAUUUUACAGAUCACAAAGGCAUCCAGGAAGAGGCUUACCAUGAGCCUGGCAUACUCGGAGAGCCACCAGAUCCGUGUGUCACAGCAGGAUUACCGGCUCUUCCGCACCCUCUUCCUGCUCAUGGUCUCUUUCUUCAUCAUGUGGAGCCCCAUUAUCAUCACCAUCCUCCUCAUCCUGAUCCAGAACUUCAAGCAAGACCUGGUCAUUUGGCCAUCCCUCUUCUUCUGGGUGGUGGCCUUCACGUUCGCCAACUCAGCCCUAAACCCCAUUCUUUACAACAUGUCAUUGUGUAGGAGCGAAUGGAAGAAAAUAUUGUGCUGCUUCUUGCUCCCAGAAAAGGGAGCCAUUUUAACAGACACCUCUGUCAAAAGAAAUGAUUUGUCUGUUAUUUCCAGCUAA